AUGGCAUCUAAACUGUCAGAUGAUAAGAAAACAUCUGUACUAUUAGUUGAACGUGGUGAAUGGGAUACAGAUCCAUUCAUAUAUAAUACAUCUGAUUGGUAUUAUCAUUGGGGUAUGAAUCCAACCCCAUUAUAUAUUCAUAAAUAUUUUGGUGAAUCAGAACCAAGAUUAAAUGGUAAAAAACCAAUCAAUUUAUUAUCAAAUAUGGUUGGUGGUUGUUCAAGUAUGAAUGGAAUGGUAUCAAAUUCAGGUAGUUUUAUAUUUGAUUAUGAAAAAUGGGGAGAGAUUACAGGAGCAAAAGAAAAUUGGUCUGGUGAAAUUGCAAAAGGAUUGUUUAAGGAAUUUCUGGAUGAUUUCCCUAUUUAUUUUGAAAAUAGGAAUAGAACAUGGUUAAAUGAAAUUGGACAGGCUAUUGAAAGGUCGUUGGGGUAUCAAUGGAAUAGAGAUGGAUAUAUUCAUUUGGAUCCUAGUGGAUACUCGACUAAACAAUUUUGGAUGACACCUAUGCAAAGAAGGAUAUCACCAUACAGUCAGCUAUUAAAAGACAGCAAGGCACUGGAAACAAGAUGUAAUUUAAAUAUACUUGUUAAUCAUCGUGCUGUUAAAAUGGAGUAUGCUUCUAAUUGGAAGAGACAGGUUGUAGUGACAGGUGUAUGGAUCCAAAACACACAAACCAAAAAGAGGUGGUUCAUCAAAGUUAGAAAAGAGGUAAUUGUGUCAAUGGGAGCUGUCGAGACACCUAAAUUCCUCCAACUCAAUGGUAUAGGUGAUAAAGGGAGAUUAGAGUCACUUGGCAUACCAGUCGUAGUAGAUUCACCGGGUGUUGGUAGAAACCUUCAAGAUCACACUGAAGUAUUUUAUCUUGGUAGAAGUGUAGCGCGGUCACUUGUCAAUAUAACCUAUACUAUUAGGAACUCAGUGAUUGAUGGAUACACUAUUUUCGGUCCAAGAAAUGCAAGUACCCAAGGUCACAAAUAUCUAGUCAAUAUUGAUAUUAUUCAAAGAGUUGGAUACGUACCGACAUUUGCAUGCAACAUUGAAUCGAAUAGACCAGAAUCAAGAGGAUACGUUGAAAUCAAUUCAAAGGAUCCAUUAGCAGACCCAGUUAUAUUCACAAAUUACUAUAGUGAUCCACGUGACUUGGAGUAUGUUAUACUUGGUCUACAAGAGUGUGUACAAGUUCAAGAGGAAUUAACCAAGAUGGGGGUACUUGACCCUUCCACUCCAAUCCCUCUAGGACCCCAAUCAACUAGAUCCGACUAUACCAACUAUAUCAUAGCAACGUCAAUGACCGAUUACCAUCUAUCCAGUACCGUUAGAAUGGGACAUUCCAAAGACCCAUCCUCACCACUCGACGGUAACCUCCAAGUCAAAGGAUUAAAGAAUGUUCGUGUAGUAGACGCAUCUGUAUUUCCAUUUAUACCAGGUGCUAAUCUAGCUACCCCUCUAUCACUACUUUCAUAUCAAGCUGCCAAAUUAAUCAAAAAAUCAACAACCUCAAACUAA